CUUUCUUCUCUGUCUUUCCCAUCUUAUUCGCUGUCGUCCCUUCCAAGAGUCCAGUCUUGAAAGCUACUAUCUUUCUUUCCUUCUAUCAAUAGUUAUGGAAACCCAAUUGAAGAAGAUGAUGAAGAAGAUCAUAUGAAAGGAAUUCAACCAUGGCGUUUCUCUCCACCACCGAUUUCCUUCUCCAAUCCCAACAAUUAGAACCCACAGAUCUCCAAUACUCCACCGCCGCCGCCACCCUUCCUCCCCUGUUUCCCCAUCAUCAUCAUCAUCAUAAUCAAGAUCAUCAUCAUCAUCAUGAUUUCUACUCUCUUUCCCUUCCACCUCCCUUGAAAUCGUACGAUCAUGAUUUUAACACCGGCGGCGGCGGCGGUGGCGGCGGGGGGAUGACAACGAAGGAGGGUGAAUUAGAUGAUGAUGAGGAUCAAGAGUUAUGGGAUGAAGAAGGAUCGAGUGGAGGAGGAGGUGGGCAGAAGAAGAAUAUGAUAAGAAGGUUGAAGGUGGAACAGGUGAAGGCUUUGGAGAAGAGUUUUGAAGUGGGUAAUAAGUUGGAACCGGAGAGGAAAAUGCAAUUGGCUAGGGCUUUGGGUUUGCAACCUAGACAGAUUGCUAUUUGGUUUCAGAAUAGGAGAGCUAGAUGGAAGACUAAGAAGUUGGAAAGGGAUUAUGAUGUUUUGAAGAGGAAAUUGGAGACUUUGAAAGCGGAUAAUGAUAACUUUCUUGCUCAAAACAACAAACUUAAGGCUCAGCUAUUGGCUAUAAAGGGUAGAGAAUCACCAAGGAUAAUGGAAAUGGGACCCAAUAUCAACCUCAAUAUAGAAACAACUCAAGAAGGAUCAUAUUCAUGCAGCUUAUCUAGCAAUAAUAAUAAUAUUGCCGGCGGUGGUACAACAACAACUGAGGACAUGAUCAAUAUAUUUCACAAUUCAUCAUCAGUUUCCGGCGCCGGCGCCGGACACAUCCAACGGCAGAGAUUUCUUCAUAAUAAUAUGGUUCUUAAUCAUGAUCAAGAGGAAUUAGGCCUCUGCAACAUGUUGGCGGUUGGUGGAUCGGACGAUGACGCCGGUGAUCAGACCGGUGGCUUUUGGUCAUGGUCCGAUCAACACCAACAACCUUACCAAUAAUCGAAUAUUUUCUUUUCGUAAAAAAAAAUGCUAGUUUGCUUUUGUUUUGUAUUUGUGGGUUUAAUUCACUCUAGAAUUAAAUUAUAUGGAAAUUUAAGGAAUUGAUUUAUGUGCA